AUGCCAAUAACUAAGCGAACGCGAAAGAGACUAGCUCUUUUAACAUACAGGACCUACAUAAUCCGUGGGUGCUACGUCUUCCGUAUCCUUCUCGUACCAACAAUAACGCUAAAAGUUACUAAGCACCUGACUUAUUCUGGCCGAGAAACACUCCAGACAGAUAUCACUCAGGCCUUAAUUCUGCACUAA